AUGACAGAUACGGACUUGGCAAUUUCUGGGAAUGGAUUUUUUGUUGUGGGAAAAGUUGGAGAUCCUUCUGAUACUUCCCCUCAAGAAUAUUCUUAUACACGAUCUGGGUCCUUCGUUAGAGACAGUGAGGGGAACUUGAAAAACACUGCUGGAUAUUAUCUUCAAGGGUGGCGAACAGACGAAAAAGGGGAACCCAUAGCAACCAACCGGAGUACGUUAUCAAAUCUUGAAACGAUUAAAGUUAGCCAGGUGAGCGGAUUUUCUCGUCCCUCAACGAAAGUAGAUUUGGCGGUGAACUUAAAAUCUGAUGCGGAUCUUAAUGAUACUUAUGAUGUGAACAUAGAAGUGUAUGAUAGUCUGGGGAUUGCUCAUGAUUUGAAGUUUACCUAUGAACGCACGCAGAUUGAUCCUAUGGAAUGGACCGUCUCUAUUGAAUGUGAGGGGGCGGCUCAAGUUCUUCAAGAUAAUGCCCUUGGUGGGGCUUAUAACAACGUUGUGAUUCAGUUUGAUGAAAAUGGUAUGCCUCAAACAUUUGACGGUGGCUUGAACCCUCCUGCGAUCCAUAUUAUUUGGGAUAACGCAGAGACCAGUGCUGCAGAUAUGACGCUUGAUUUGAAUUUGGGAACCGUUGGUGAGGCGGAUGGUCUUGUUUGUCGUGGAACGGCAUACAAUAUUAUUUCCAGGGAUCAAGAUGGGAUCCGUUUAGGGAACUUUACCGGCGUGAACAUUGAUGAAGAAGGUGUGGUUCAUGCUUUGUUUGACAAUGGUGAAACACGUAAAAUCUAUCGUUUGGCUCUUGCAAACUUUGCAAACCCCAAUGAAUUAGAGGAAAAAUCUGGAAACGUUUGGACACAGACAGACCAAUCUGGUGGAUAUGUUUUGUAUUAUGCGAAAACUUAUGGUGUGGGGCGUAUCGCGUCUCGUGCUUUGGAAGCAUCUACAGUGGAUAUAUCAUCCCAAUUGACAGAUAUGAUUUUGACGCAAAAUGCUUUCUCGGCCAAUGCUAAAGUGAUCCAAAAAUCUAAGGAAAUGUUGGAUGAUUUGAAGGCAUUGUAG